AUGGCUGAAAAUAAAAGUAAACAAAUGGAUGAUGCUGAAUAUGAAAAAGAACCCAAUUGGCCUGAAAUACAAAUAUCAUUAGCAAAUGCUGCAAAUAAAAAGGAUUUAGAAAAAGGCACAAAGGUACGAAUUGAGGCUGUUCAGCAAUAUAUACGAUACCUUAUUAAUGGUUACCAGGCAACUAAAGCAAGUGAAAUUGUACAACAAGGCUUGGGAUGGAAAUCUUGGUCGGCAAGACUUAUUCAAUUAUGGUGA